AAGGAUCAAGUGACAAGUCCAUUCUUUCUCUAAACGACCAUCUUGUCUCAACACAUCCCCACUCAGUCCACAAGUCUAUCUAUCUCUUCACAUCGCAUGAACGUGCAGAACCUGAACUCUUUCGAUCCUUUUGCUGACGAGGGUGACCCUCUCGGAGGCAACCAAGACGUUGGAUCCCAACAGAAUUACCUUCAUAUUCGUAUUCAGCAGAGGAACGGAAGGAAGACUUUGACCACGUUGCAGGGAUUACCCAAAGAAUAUGAUCCCAAAAAACUCUUGAAGGCUUUCAAGAAGGAGUUUGCUUGCAACGGCACCCUCGUCGACGACGAGGAGAUGGGUCAAGUCAUCCAGCUGCAGGGUGAUCAGAGGCUUAAGAUUGUCAAGUUCCUCACGGAGGAGGGCAUUCCCAAGAACACCAUCAAGCUGCACGGGUUCUAGUCCAUGUCGUCAGAGGGAUUACUUGAACCCUCGAGGUUAACGCCGAUGUUUCUAUGUCAGCAUGAUUUUUCUUUCUCACAUACUUCUGGAUACGUCUUGUUAUGUAUGUCGUUUGUAUCAUCACCGAUUGUUGAACGAUUAGAUGUUUUCUCAUGUACUAAGUUUUCAAAAAUAUGGACUUCGCAUGUAUUUCCAAAAGCACC